AUGCCGACGGCGAUCAAGUCACCCUUCAAACCCUUCGCUGCCGCCGUAUCGAAGUACGUCACUUCCCACAAAGCGCGAGUCGAGUCUCAAAAUGCCGCUGCAGGUACUGCCUCGGGUCCCUCUGGAGCUGAAGUCGACGCUCACGUCGCCAGCACCCUACCUCGCAAGCAGAAACAUCUCGCCAAUGACAGCCUCGCCGACACACCGGCAGUGCAAGUCGACGAUCAAGGUCGAACGCUCGGACUCGAAGACCCUCAAGAUCCAGCUCUACAGCCGAUACCCACCACCGUGAUCCACGCCACGGCUCGUCCCAACAUCGUCCCCACUACCCCCGUCACCGACCCAGCGCUGAUCGCCAAAGUCUCGUCCGCAACGUACGGCAAGCAAACAUCCAUCCCGCUAUUCCCCACCCCAGCGACCACCGUCACCAGUAAUGUCGAUGUCAACCAAUAUGGAUUCGUCGAUCCGCGCACGUACGCCGGUACCUCCUUCGAUCUCGUCGGUGAUGGACUUCACGAACCGCUCAACGUCAUCGUCUCCUCCCUCUCCUCUCCCUCCAUCUUGACCAAAAAGGGAUUUCAGAACUACUGUCGAUCUCUGGAUUUCGACAAGGAGUGUCUCGGUCUGCACGCCGGUGGCUACCAGAAAGCCUACGUCGAUCCCCGAGGCUGGCUGGACCAGAACUUCAUCUACCGCCAGGUGUAUACGCCGCUGGAUCACGUGUUCGGCACAUGCAUCGAAUCGCUCGUCGGCGGCAACCACAUCAGAGCCUGGCAGCAGCAGGGUUCCGGUGCCUGGUUCUUGGCGACGAGCAAGGAGAUGACCGCGACCAAGAGUCACAUGAUCGUGCCCGAUGGGUACAAUGUGGGUAGGGAGGAGCUGGUGAAGCAGGCGUUGGGAAAGGCGAAGGAUGGCAGGACGAGCUUUAUGUUUACGAGGUAUGUGACCGAGGUGAUGUAUGUGGCUGGGUUGAUGCCGGAGGGUGUGCAGGGUGUGAACCAUGAUAUCAGCGUCGAUGGGUUGACCGCGGUGUUGACCGUGACCGUUGUGCCGGAGAGCGGGCUUUUUGGGAAGAAGGAUGUGAAGGAGGUUCCGCAGAAGCAGGAUCGGUUGGCGACGGAUACAGUGGCCGCGAGUGCUGCGACACACCACUCUGAUCACCAAGCUCGCCUGCGUCGAACAUCGCUCGCAAAGCGAUUCAGCCUGAGUCGUGCUCCCGGUCGUCGUCAAAGCGAGGAGCAGCAGAGCACGUCGCCGCCGGUCUGGCAGAGGCUUAGCAGGAUGUCCGUACCCAAGGGUCGGCCUGCCGAUCAAACACCUCGAGGUGAAGCUGGUGCCGAGAAUGGCACUACCGCUGUGCUUUCGGCAGAUGUGUCGGUUUCCACUCUUGCAGAGGCCUCUGAGCCUGUCGCACCCACAUCCGACGCUUCCAAGGCCCAUCCCACGGGUCUCCCGAUUCCUGCACCAGCCAUCGCCGCUUGA